AUGGCAGUUACUCCUGGUCCUUCGGUGCUUUCAGUCAUGAAAGAUUUACCAACUAUAGCUCUCACUUUGCUGAAGCUGAGCUUGAUAUUGAUCCCACUUUCCCUCAUCGGUAUCCUAGUCUAUAAUGUCUACUUUCACCCUCUGGCCAAGUAUCCUGGACCAAAAUCCAUGGCAGCCACACGUCUACCUUAUAUGCGCAUGACCAUGGGUGGUCGUUUCCCACAACAAAUGAAAGUGCUGCAUCAACAGUACGGCGAUGUGAUUCGCAUUGCCCCAGAUGAACUUUCAUUUAUAGACGGCGCGGCGUGGAAGCCAAUCUAUGGUACACGUCCUGGCCAUAGCCAGAAGUCCAAAGAUGAUCGAUUUUACCUACCAAACGCUGAGGGCGUUCCCGAGAUCAUCCUCUCUAAUGAUGCCGACCAUUCCCGCUUUCGACGUUUGUUGUCGCACGCAUUCUCUGAUAGCUCACUGCGUGGUCAGGAACCUAUAAUCAAGGGCUAUGUUGAUCUUUUGAUCCAGCGCUUGCAUGAGAAUAUCAACAGUGGAAUCAAGGCCCUUGAUAUGGUGGCCUGGUACAACUUCACAACAUUCGAUGUUAUUGGAGACUUGGCUUUCGGGGAGUCAUUUGAUUGCCUUCGGAAUUCGGACUACCACCAAUGGGUAGCCAUUAUCUUCGGCUCGCUCAGAUUUGGCGCUUAUACAAAUGUGGCUCGGCACCUUUCAGGAUUGAAAUACAUCCUCCCAUACAUAAUUCCCAAGCAUAUUGCCUCACAGCGGGGUACACACCUAGCCUUGACCAGGGAAAAAGUCCAUGGUCGAAUAUCCAAGUCCAAUGAAAGACCUGAUUUCUUCGGCAACAUCUUGAAGCAUCAAAACACCGAGAAAGGAUUCAGUGUCCAAGAAAUGGUCAACAAUGCUAGUACCUUGAUCAUCGCCGGCUCAGAGACCACUGCUACUUUGCUUUCCGGUGCGACCUAUCUGCUGCUGAGAAACCCACGUGUGCUGGCAAAGCUCCAAGAUGAGAUAAGAUCAGCGUUUGCUACAGAAGAAGAGAUCAACUUGGAAUCUUGCAACAAACUGGACUAUUGCCUGGCCGUCCUCACUGAGACGCUUCGAAUGUAUCCUCCCGUUGCAGUUGGAUUACCUCACAUCGUUGAUGCCCAAGGUGAUAUGAUUACUGGAAAAUGGGUGCCAGGCGGAACAACUGUUUCCGUGUGUCAUAUAGCUGCCAGCCACUCCCCUACCAACUUUACAGAUGCAGAGCAGUUUAUCCCAGAGCGUCAUAUGAACGACCCCCGCUUUGCAAAUGACAGUAAGACUGCAAUGCAACCGUUCAGCUUCGGCCCUCGGAACUGCAUUGGACGCAAUUUGGCAUACGUCGAAAUGCGUAUAAUUCUUGCUCGCAUGGUCCUCAACUUUGAUAUGGAAUUGGACCAGCCUGAAAAAGACUGGAUGGAUCAAGAUUGUUUUGUGCUAUGGUACAAGCCAAAGCUGAUGGUUCAACUAAAGCCGAGAGUUCACUCCCAGUGA